ACGGAGUGCUGAAGCGACCGAUUAGAUGGCUUCUAUAGGGACUAUAGUCGGCGUUGUUGCAGGAGCCGGUGUUGCUGCCGUAGGCGUUCCUGUAGUUCUAGGCGUUGUGGGCUUCACGGGGGCAGGCAUCGCCGCUGGGUCCUACGCUGCAGGCAUGAUGUCAUCAGCCGCAGUAGCAGGAGGGGGACAGGUGGCUGCGGGGACUACAGUAGCGGUGUGUCAGUCCAUUGGUGCUGCUGGACUCGCCUCGUCUACUACAGCUGCCUUGGGCGCUGGCGGCGCUGCUGUUGCCGCAGUGGUGGCAAAGUUCUUCUAAAACCCCUGCGACAGUGCAGUGUAUGGGAUUCAACACUAGUAUUGAAAGGCAUGCCUAUCACAAGACACCCUAAUCGUUCAUAGUGACAGUGACCGCCAAACAUCAUUAUUUUCUGUUAGCAUUCAUGUGGAAUAAAAUAUUGAAUCCUCUCUUUUGACACCAGUUAUAAUAUAUUUGUAGUAUACUGUUUGUGAUCAUUAUUUAAGAAACAAAUAUGACCUAGGACACAUUUAACUGCAUGUUUAAUACAGGUUGAUACAAAGCGUAUAAGUUCUUUUGUGCUGCUUGUUCAACAAUGGCAAUGGUUGUAUGAAAAUAAACCAGUACGAAUGAAUGUUUAUUUAUAGAAUUUGAUUGAGCUUAAAUGUGUUUAUCAUCUGGAUGUUUAUUCUACAACUUAAUCUAUUUAAA